AUGAGGGCAUGUGAUAACAACUUUGCAGCUUCAAUUAAAAAGGACUCAAAUGUCAUGAAUCGAUGCGCGUACCUAGAAGUAGCCAAGGAAUGCUACAUGUCAGCCUUCAGUAAGCGUUGUUCACAAUAUCCUGAGGUGGUCUGGUGGCGAUUUUGUAAACUAUGA